AUGGCGGUUUUGGGAACAGUUCUGUUGUUCUCGCUUGUUUCAGGAUGCUUUGCUGCAAAAUUUGUCAUGUUUCCCAUGUUUGGACGAAGCCAUUACAUGAUUCUAAACAAACUGGCACAAGAACUGUCAGAUAGGGGCCAUGAGGUAUGCAAAUAAGAGUACAAAAUUUUCAGUAACGGAACGAUUGUUAUUUGGUCCAGCCUUUGUUGUUGUCAACUAGUAUAUAAGCUAAGGGUCUUCAACGUACUUUAUGGUACAAUUCCGUGAUACCUCAUGAAGCGUGAUAAAUAAAGGGAUAUUCUUAUUCUGAGUACAGCCAAGAAGUGCUACAGUCUACGGUGUCCACAUAGCAUGACAAUUACACAUACAUUUAAAAAAAAUCCAAGCAGUCGAGAGACGGUAAAGGAUAUUAAGAAGCAGUCCAAAAAGACUUGAAAGAAAAGUGGCUGUAACCGGCAUAGCUCGGCAUCGAAAGUAAUCACUGAGUAAAAAGGAGAGAAGACACUCUAAACAAUUAAACCAAUGUCCUGUUAUACAUGGCUCUACCCAGGAGCAGAGAUCAGUAAUUGACGACCGUUUAUAAUCCUGGUUUAUAAUCUACACAAGCUGUUAAAUUCAAAUCGCUGAAUACAUUUUGAAAUGAUAUCACGAAAGCAUUCUUGCUGUCUGUUUUUUUCGAACACUUUUGGUUGAGUAAAGUAGUGAAGCUAGAAAUGCUGAUUCACGACGAUUAAUCAGCCUCUGGGGCAAUAUCUGCAAUAUACUAAUAAUUUAUCUUGUAUAAUUUUCAUCGUGAUUACUGUAUUGUAAUGAAAGGGGACUGAAAGCUCCAGCCUCGUAAAUGUAAAUUUCGAGCUAUUUUCCCGUAACUGUCAUCGCCAGUAGGCGGGCAUCUUGUAAAUGAACGACAGAUUUUCGUUGAAACUCAGUACGCCGUUGAAGUAAGUUAAAGACAAUGAUAAAAUUUAAUAAAUAGAGGGGAUCACUUGGCUCGUUUUCGCGGUUCAGUACUGACGAAUACGGCUGUUUAGGCGCCUUAUGCAAUCGGUCAGUAUAAAAGAUGGACUGCGGACUGCGGACUCCGGACUGGGUAUAAAAUACGGACUAGGUAUAAAACGCAGACUGGAAAAUAUGGACUGGGUGUAAAACAUGGACAAGGUAUAAAACGAGGACUGCGGACUGCGGACUGGAAAUAAAAUACAGACUACGGACUACUUUGGUAAAAACGGUGCUAAUUGGUUCCAGGUAAGGAAAAAUAAGAUCAAAAGAUCGCCAAAUAGCAAGACACGAGUUAAAGUUGUAAGUACUCCUAUAAAUCAGUCUUGGUGGAGGUGUGCCGCUCGGUUCUCUGAAUCAUAAGCCGGAUCAAAAUGCUAUUUUCUUCACCUAUUUUUAGACCUUGUCUCGGUCUCUAACAAUCAUGAAAGGGGUCAGGAUCAGGGGUGGUACUCCCUUCUAAAAUGGAAGGGUAGGGGGUUUGGGCCUUUUUGGUCUGAAAACACUUUGCCCAUUUUGAUGUGGAAUCGGGUAUGGUUUUCAAGGGAACUACGGGAGCGUACAUGAAUGGACGUAUUUAUCGUUUCAAUUCCAAAUGAAUAAGAACGAAAUAGAAAUAUGCGAAUUCAAAAUGCAUUUGGAGAAUUUUUUGUUUCCACUCUAACUUGGUAAUGAUGACAUAAUUUCUGCCUAAUUAGACCUAACCUAUUCCAGGCUCUGAGAUAGUUGGGUCCGCUGAAUUGAGAAAGCGAAAACACGAAAAUAAAACGGGAGAAAACUGGGGAGUCUCCCCAACUAUCUGAGAGCCUGGAACAGGCGAAAUUUUUCCAGGUCCGAAAAUGAGCAUGGAUUUUAGAGAUCUGGUCUGAAAACGGGUGUGGAAAAUGACAUUUUUUGGUCUGCAAUAAGGUCAGGAUUCGGAGAACUGGACACCACACCCCCACCAAGAAUUCCCAGUAGUACCCCCCUCCGGCGAUCAGGAGCAGGGUGUAAAUCAUGUCAUCACAAUCAUCGCUUAGAAUAUAAGGUUGGAUGACUCAUUUUGGUUAUUAUUCACGUAUGUGAGUAAUCCCUCCCCCCUAAAUACUGCUUUUGUGCAUCGCGGAAUGCUAUACAUUGACCUUCUCGUCUGAGUUCUUCAUUCAGUCCUCAUAUUCCCAAGGCUUUAUUUGAAACGGAAUUGUGGCAUCCGAUAAGACUUUUACUGAUCUGACUAACACCAAUACUAUUUUUUUCAAUUCGGUGCUUCUUAUUGGUUUCAAACUGAAAAUUGAAAUCUCUUCUAACUCCUUCUUUUUAUAAAAUUCAGAGUUUAAUUUCAGUUGUCUUGAGUACCGGCAUAACCUUUCUUCUCCGUGGGAAGAAUAGACUACUUGAACAGCCAAGGGAAUAUUAAAGCUGGGAGUACUGUUUUUGCUAGUCCGUUUCCUACUUCUCUCAGUUUUACCUUUCUAAAGCCGUUUUUUUUUAUACAUAGUCCGUAGUCCGCGUUUUAUACCUAGUCCGUGUUUUAUACUCAGUCCGGAGUCCACAUUUUAUACCUAGUCCGUAUUUUAUACCCAGUCCGCAGUCCGUGAUCCGCAGUCCGCAGUCCAUGUUUUAUACUGACCGCUUAUGUAGACUGCAAAACAGUCCGUAUUUUUGGUUAUUCAAGUACGCGUGAGCAGUAAAACAAAAGGUCUGGAACAAGGCUGAAAAUCCCGCUCUGUUUUGAGUUCUUUCGGUGUCGUGUUGAUGUCUUGCCGAGUUAAUUUUCACGUAGUACGAUCAGCAUUGCAGUAUUCUGCUUGCAGAAUUUAAUAUGUCUACUUUUCAUUUUUGCUGAUCAGGUCUUUAUAGAUCCUACGUUCUCCGGCAUAUUCGUUUGCGGUCCUUUGCAGUCCUUUGUGGUUAAUCACUUUGACAACGCCCAUUCUAUAAAAAGACAAUGCAACUUCUAUUUCAAAUCCAAUUUCUUAUAAAUUUGCUCUUGUGGAAAAAAACUGUUUGCCCAUUGAAUCUGAAGCUAUACUAUAGGUAGUUCUUCGCCGGUUUUCUUUAGGGAUAGUAGGGUAGGAAACACAUGCAAGCGCGCGUUAAAAUUGCUACUCGUGAGGAACAAGGUAAUACAACGAGGGAAGAGAAUAAAUCCUGCUAUUUUGCUCGCCCUACUAUCCCCGAGGAAAGUGAGGGAAUUUCUAAUUCUUCUUUGAAGCCUAGCCAGUUCGAUCGCUACAAGGGUCCGCAAGUAUUUGAGGAUAGUUAAUGACCUCCUUCCUCAAGUAGUUCAGUUAAGGCCUGGGUCUAAGGGUUUACUUGCGGAAAACGAUUUACGAGCUAUAAAAAGUUCGGCACAGAUUAUAGAACGGAAUCAAUAUUUGGCACACAUAAAAAACUCAUCGUUCUUAACAUUUUAAAGUAUAAAAUAUUUUGUUAAUAGGUCACGUGAUGUGUCACGUGACUAUUUUUCUAAAAGUCCUAAAUAAUUGACAAAUUGGUGGCGGGUUUAAGAAAAGAAAUCAAGCCAUAGCAUUUUUCUCAUUCAUAUUAAGGAGUUUUUAACACUUCACGUUUGGACUGUUCAAUAAACAAAUUAUAAGGGAAAACAUUUUAAAUGCCCAAAUAUAACCUUUAAUUAUAUAAAACUUUAAUUAAUAUAAACUUCGCGUACCUUCAUUCCAACUCCCGUAGAAAGUAAGGUAUGUUUACCCUCCAUCAGAAAUCUCAAUUAAUUUGACCAAGCAAAGUAACUAUGCGCCACCAAUUUGCCAAUUUCCUUCAUUUUCAAUUUUUGGUCGCGUGACAUGUCACAUGACCAUAAUUAAACGUUAAGGCACAAGAAGACCUCAAGAUUUACUUUUGGAGAAAAAUUCAUCUUUCUUUAAGUUUCCUAGCGAGAGAUAUUCCAAUCAAUCAUAUGCUCCGACCACACCUUUGACCCAGGCCUUGAACCCCUUGAGUCGAGGGAUAGCCCGCAACAAACUAAGAUGACGUGCAUUGCAAUAAGGCUACUUACUGUUUGAUCAUCGUCUUGACAGGUUAUUCUAUUUAUGGGAACAACGGCUAAAUAUGCUACCAACAAUCCACAUGUACGCUUCUUUAACGACAGCAAGACCUUCUCUACGAUCACUUCAGGAAAGCAGAACAAGCCGUCGAGUGCAAGAGAGCAAUUUAACAUUCUUUUCACCACCCAGUCAACUUGUUGCGACGAAAUGCUUACUGACAUGGAGCUAAUGAAGGAAACUAAUGAUGCCGAUCUCGUUGUCGGUGAACUGUGGUAUCUCUGCUCGGCGUUAGUAGCGGACAAAUUAUCAGUACCUCAUGUUUUGAUAUCUGCAGCCACUUUUUCCACACCAACUUCGUUUGCAGUUGGUCUGCCCGCUCCGCUAGCCUAUAUACCUCAAAUAAGCAACAAUGAUAAUAGAAUGUCGAAUAUCAUUGACAGAGGUAGGAAUGUACUACAGUGGAUAUUACUGUAUUGGUAUUACUUGCAAGAUCUCUGCCCACUUUAUAGCAAUGUUAAAGCAAAAUACAACAUCACACCCAACAAAAGCAUCCACGAAACACUCGGAAGAGCUGAUCUGAUUAUCGGUCAGAUACCGUUUGGAUUAGAGCAUCCGAGGCCUGUCCAUCCAAGUAAGUCGGGUUUUUUCUCAUUUCUUUUUACAUUACUGUACACCACAGUUUUAUAAUUAAAGAAUCGCAAUUUAGUUAUUAGUCUAGGACCUAAUUUUGUGCCGUCUUCAACAAAACAUGCGUCACUUAUGAAUGUCGCUUAGAAUUCCCUGCAAGUAGAGCUGCCAAAUCUGAGUAGAGAGGGCGGAACAUGAAAGCAAAGAACAAAACUCGAAGGCCAAGUAACAGAUAAAGAGAGCUAAGUUCUAAUUUCGGCCCCUGGGAUGGUCUUUGACUUUGAUAACGUCUAAAUGGCGCUCAUUUGAUUGAUCUGAACCAAUUUUUGCCGUUAAUUAAAACAGGUUGUGUCACGGAGGUCCUUGGAAAUUUUAUUUACGCAUGUUCAACACCGUCACGGUGUUCACCAGCUCGUUGGACUGAGCUGAUAAUUUUCACUGGCCCUUGAUUUCUGGGAGUCCAAUUGUUUUCCACAACAUUGCAGUCCCGUGUUCGAUCUCUUGGUGAUUACAAUAACAUAUCUUUUUCUUUAAAAUGUCCUGUGCUGUUUCAUUAUAGACACUCGGGUUGUUGGUCCAUUCCUUCCCAGUCCAGCUAAGCCUCUACCAAAAGAGCUGGAGGAAUUCAUAGGAAAAGAUGGUGACCAAGAUGUUAUCUUAGUUUCAUUUGGUAGCAUUUUGGGAGAAAUUGCAGAAUUAAAUGUACCACUCUUGCAAAGAAUGGCUGACGCUUUCUCUAAGCUUCCACAAAAGGUUAUCUGGAAAAUGAAGUUAGAAGGUAUGUUCAUAAACACACCGAGGAAUAUCCUCAUUCAAGCAAGGAGGAGUAAUUACAGUGAUCAGCGGAUUAACUAGCCUGGUUACAGACCUCCUAUUUUCUCUUUAUAGAGAAAAGAUUAGCGGACCGGAUUAACUUGAUAAGAUUGCGGGUGCUGUAGAUUUUUGACGGCGAAGUCGAGUGAAGGUUGGGAGCAAAUACCCCGUAGCUUUUGCUCGGCGGCUCCGCCUUUAAAGCCCCGCGCAAACGGACGCAACAUUGUUGGCCAACAACUCCCAACAUUGUCGGAUGUUAGAUGUUGCGUCCGUUUGUACACCCUGUUGCGUGUUGUUGCGCAAAGUUUGAAACCGUGAAACCGGUCAAACUUUUCAGCCAACAACUCUCAACAUUUCUUUUGUUUCGUGAUCGCCGAAACGUAGCGCAACAAUGUUGGAUCCGUUUGCACAGCUCUUCCAACAUUGUUGGGGCCACGCACGCUCAUUACCCAUGGUUUAUAAAGACUUGAGUGUUGUGUCCUUCCCACGAUGCACUGCAGGUCCCAACAUUGUUGGGAGUUGUUGCAUCCGUUUGCACACCACUGCCAACACUCACGCAACAACUCCCAACAUUGUUGGCGCAACAAUGUUGGGAGUUGUUGCGUCCGUUUGCACGCAGCCUAAGAAAGUAUGUAGGAUAUAAUAAUUCCACCAACUACGUACUAGGCUGUUUACAGCUCUUCGAGCGCGUGUAUGAAAAUAAAAUCCGCGAGGGAAUUAUUAAGCGCUAGCAGAAACUCAUAAGGGGUUGAACAACCCCUUAUGAGUUUCUGGCGCUAGCGCAAGGGGGUGGGGUGGGCAAUGCGCCCCCGUCCCCCAUCUUGCCUUACGUGCAGCGAUUAUAGAAAAAAGCCCCAUUAGCAAAAAGGUAAAUCAAAUGCUUCCUACUCACGAGUCAUAGCUUUAAAAGGGUACCAUAUGGUCGCUGUUUAAUUACCCAGUAACUGUACGCAUUUUUUCUCAACAGGCACGCUACAGGUGUCAGUAAGUGACAAUGUCAAACUGAUGUCAUGGUUACCACAGAAUGACAUUCUCGGUCAUCCUAAGACUCGUCUAUUUAUAGGCCACGCAGGAAUUAAUGGUAUCCUAGAAUCAACCUACCACGGUGUGCCAAUGAUCCUUGCACCUUUUUUUGGAGAUCAAUUUUACAACGCUAACACUAUGAAGCAGUUAGGACUUGCGGAGGUUGUAAACUUGUGGUCCAUGUCAUCAAAAGAGUUCGUUAGCUUGAUACAAAAAGUGUUAAGCGACCCUAGGUGAGUUCUUUGGAAACUCCUUAUAUAGUCAACAAUUGUUGCACGAGCGAAUCUUAUGGUAGAUUUAAUGAACUAUUAUUGGACGAGGUUGAGCAAAAUAUCGUGAUUUGUCAGUAGCGAAUAGAUCAUCUCUGCGACACACUGACAAAUCACGAUAUUUUGCAAUAACCCAGUUCACUAAUUCUUCUUUCAUUCGGUCACCGAAUUUUUCUUUUAAUGAAUACUUUCGGGAAGUUGCCAUUUCCACGCAAAAGCGAUCGCUAGAAGGAGAAAAGCGUGGUUUCACUAACGCACGAGCAGAAUAUUAUUUGCAGCCGAAUACAGUUGGACGACAUUGCGCAUGAGCAGACCAUUAUUUGCAGGUCACGUGGUAGGCUGUCGGCUGAUGAAAAGGAAGAAAAAUUUGCAUCGAAUGAUAAUGCUCGAUAUUUUCAUGUAAUUUCAUGUAUUUUUCGAGAUAUUUUUAUAGAACCUUCGGCACUCAUGGCAUAUAUUCCACUGUGUGGCUCUCGUGGUGUUGUCCGGAAAAAAUAACAUUUUCUAGCAGUCUUAGAAUAACAACAACUUCCUUCGGGCACCAUUGGCGUCUCCUCGAAAAAAGUUUCAGCUCAGCUGACGCGUACACUAUACCAUAUUUAUAGAGCGUCACCCAUUGGUCAUGAUAGCUCAGUAGCCAAUCAAAUCUCUAGAAUUGCGUUAUUGAAUGAUCCAGCACUUGUUACUCAGGCUGUUAUACACACCACGAUUGCAUUGCUUGUUCUUCGUAAAUAAAAUCACAUCACGGUAAAUCGAGUAAAUCAUACUGAAAUGACAGAGGUUAGCUUUUUGAUUUCUACCAGGGCACAUCUACUUCUGGCCUACUUUUUAAUAGCCUGUGUACCGACGCUCCCACUCCUCAGUAAAAAUCACCCCUUUCCCGAUUUUUUUACUUAGGGGUGGAUGCGUCUGUACAAAGGCUAACUACUUAAAGGUAGAAUUUGCUAUCAGUAAAUGAAAAAGAAUACAAGAAAACGGUCGUUACACGUUUGCCGACGUGAAAGUCUUUAACACUUCUAAAAAAAAUGAAUCGAACACCCAGUAGUUGUUUUAGCAGUACUGUAGCAGCAGCAGUAGCAGCAGAAGCAGAGUAGAUUGAUCGGCCGAUAGUCUAGGGACCGCACUGAAACCAGCCGAGAGGCAAUCUCUUGCAAAAACAUUAAACAACUAGAUUUGACGUUGUAAGAGAAGGCCCCUUUUCAAAGUACAUCUAAAUCACCUGAGGAGUAGAAAAAAAAUGCACCGCCUCAAAUGACCGCCUAUUUUUUUCUAAAACUUCCCUAACGUAAUGACACGAAACGUGAUUUUCCACCCGUAUUUCGCCGGUUUUCCCAUGUAAAUGGUAUGUAUCCCAAGAUCCUCCCCUCCUUUUAUUUCUAGCAUCAUGGUCAGGUAUAAAAUGUUGAACAAAAUUGCAAGUAUAAAGCUCAUCGGGGCGUAUGUUUCACGGUUCGGAACCAAGGAUUGUAACGCUAGAAAAAUUGGAUAGGGAUAAAUAUCUCGAAUUGGGAACAUCCUCAGUUCUUCGAUGGUAAUUUAUAAGACAAGAAUGAAAAACAAAUAUAGCACACAGUUGUGGUUAUAGGUGAGUGAUAGUGAUGGGGGCUUUGCAAUCGGCUAGCACUUUAACUAUUAACUAUUAACUAUUUUCUUUUAGUUAUCGCAAGAUGGCAAAAGGAAUAUCCAAUUCGGUUAAGCUUCUGCCGCGCCCACCUGUAAAAGAAGCCGCUGACUGGGUUGAGUACACGCUGGCUCAGGGUGGCUUACCGUUCCUCAGAGCUCGAGGACUGGACCUGCCAUUUUAUCAGCUGUAUCUUCUGGAUAUUUUAUUUUUGGCAUUUUUGAUCUUGUUUUUAACAGUGUUUGCUCUCAGAUUCUUGUUAAAGGCAGCUAUUAAUCUUUUGUUGACGCCAGCUGCAAAAGAAAAAACUAGCUAAUAGAGAACUUUUUUUAGUUUGGUCAAAACAAGUAUACAUCAUCUUGACUAAGGGCAAAGAGAUGUAAAUAAAGUACAUAAAGCUUACCUUGGUGGACAAACCUUGCUUAAAUAUUAACAUUUUCAUCCUGCACCUGUCUGUUUAUAUUACGUUAGUGAUCAUAAGUGACAGCUUGGGACCUGCAGGCUCCGCAGUUGGGGAAAAAGGCAACCUUACUCCCAGGGCUUCGAGAGAAGGUUGGGAAAAAGGCGAAACAAAAUCGGCGAGCGAAACGAGCUAAGGGGGAGUCUGGGGAAGGGAAAGUCCACCGAUAGGCUAGCUUUGCUCGUGGAUGUCUUUUUGGCUUGUUCACCCCGUUUUUUUGCCUUUUUUCCCCACUACGGAGCCUGUUCCGAGGCAACCGAGGUUAAUCUCGGUCGACUGUAAUUUCCUUCACUUUCUAUAAAUAAAGCUGACCUAAGUGUAGCAAAUGAUUGAUGGCCGCUUAAUAGAGGUGACAGCAAUAGGAGAACUUUCGUUGGGAUGGCCAAAAGAUGGCUGCGGUCACUCAUGAUUUCGGGACUUCUGAUUACUUAACAAAUGCGGUGGUCGCUUUUAUAGGUAGACGCUGAUGGAGGUUCAACUGUCAAUGGUAAGGAAGACACCAAUUGAAAGUUCUUUUUGUGGGAUGGUGUGUGGGUGCUGACUGUGCACAAUAGGUUUGACCAAAAUGUUCUUGGUGACAUGAACUUGUGCACGUGAAAGCAUCCGCAGAGGUCCUUUGAUGGUAGCCAUGCAAAGGGUUUGGUACCAGUAGUGGUACUAGAGAAGAUACUGGCAAUCAUAACUAGAGAUACGUCAUCCUGUGAUCAAUUUGUGAGUCAAUAUUUAUCUGUGCAUGUAUAAAAACUUUUACGGUUUUCAUUAGAAAUUGAUGUAAUAAUUGCUUGUUAUAAAAUCGCGCACCCAUAGGUAAGCUUGGACCUGUUUUCCUGAUGAAGAUCAUCUUUUUUUUAUCAACAAUAAAUCGAUGUCGUUCUCAGGGCUUUUUUUUCCACCUAGGAGUGAUCUUUUAGACGCUCAUCAGAAAAUGCAUCCAGUCUAAUUUCGAUUUUCUUUGGCCACCUGAAUUAAUGGAAACUGCAAGUCUACUGUAGAUCUAUAAGAGCGUUUUCAAGCCGGUUACAGAAAUUAGUAUGCUUACAGUGGCCAAAUUGCAAAUUAAGAGUUUUCCCAGCGGUGUUACGGUUUCUGACGUCUUCAAUCGUCUUUCCUGGUUUUUGGACCCCCGCCCCGCCCCUCCCCCUCCUUGUCGUGACCACCCUGACUGAUCCUCUUUCCUUCAUCCUCGAUCCUCCCCUCGAUCUCUUUCGAUCCUCGAUCUUCCAUCUUCGUUCCUAUGUUUUCAAGAAACCGGAGAGAGUGCCGGCAUGCAGAACGGGUCCUUAAUUCCGCGUUUUCAGGCGAAAGAACGCAAAAGCGAAGCCGGCGUGGAACGGGCUCAACACCUGCAUCGCGCUUGCCUUCGCUCGCCCGAAAAAUGCAAAAAAGUUUCGCCUGUUUUGCAUGCUAGAAGAGAGAGAAAGUCCACUCGGUUUGGGAUUAACCUGCGAUCAGGCUUUUCAUGAUUUCUCUUGGAGAAGAGACGAGAAAAGCGACAUAGACAUAUAGGGAGAGCAUGAACGCUACGUAUCGCAGGGAAACUGAGGCAUUUCUAAAUAUAAAAGGAGAAGAGAGAAGCGAAAAGCCGGGAAAGUGAAGACAGCGAAGAGAGACAAACUUUUCUUUCCCGCUUCUUCUCUCCGCUACCCCCUAAGGAAGGCCUGAUACUCAGGCUAACCGAGCAAUGCACGUACUGACGUGACAUAACAGAUCUAAGAAUGCUGAUAUGCGAGGAGGCACAAUGGGCUAAUAUUUAUUUAAGGUUUUCUAUUUUAAAAUUCUAAUCUUGACACUUGGAUCAAUUAUGGCGGCUUUGCGAGUGGCUCUGUUGUUUGCGCUCCUCUCAGGAUGCUUUGCCGCAAAACUUGUUAUGUUUCCCAUGUUUGGACGAAGCCAUUACAUGGUUCUCAACAAACUGGGACAAGAACUGUCAGAGAGGGGCCAUGAGGUAUGUAAAUGAGAGUACAAAAUGAUUUGUUGUAGUUUUCAGUAAUAGCUCGAUUAUUAUUUUACCAAGCCUUUGUUGUUGUCAACAAGCAUACAAGCUUGAGGUCUUUAGUGCACUUUAUGGUACAAUCCUGUGAUACCUCAUGAAGCGUGAUGAAGGGACAUUGUGAUCUGAGUAGAGCCAAGAAAUGCUGAAGUCUACAUUUUCUUCUUCGCGUUACUAACAGUCGAGAGUGUAUACAGGAUAUUAAAAGGUAGUCCAAAAAGACUUAAAAGAAAAGUGGCCGUAAUCGGCAUAGCUCGGCAUCGAAAGUAAUUACUGACUGAAAAAGAUAGACCGUUUUGGUACAUUUAAAACAAUUAAACUAAUGACCUCUGUACAUGCAUAUGCAGGCCCUACCCAGGACUAGAGAUCAGUAAUUGACCGUUUAUAAUCCUGGUUUAUAAUCUACAAAAACCAUUGAUUUCAAAUCCUUGAAUAUAUUUUGAAAUGGAAUCACGAAAGCAUUCUUGUGGUCUGUUUUUGUCGUGCAGUUUUGGUUGUUUAUAGUAUAGUCCGUAAAGUAGUGAUGGAGUGCUGAUUCAUGAUGAUUAAUCAUCAGUCUCUAGAGCAACUGGGUUCAUACUAGCCAAGUAAGUAGAUCUAAAGUUUGAGACUUACCAUGAUAAGCGUUCACAUUUAGAUUUCAAAGUAUGCAUGAAGCAAUCGAGGUUGUCAAUCAAGUUACGCGGUAAAAUUUCGCACGCAUGUAAUAGCGUAAUCACGAUUUUAACUACUACACGCAGAAAACAACAACAAGGUACAUCGUGCAACCUCGAAAGCUUCGUAAUGCUUACCUUUUGUUUCUCAUGAUUUUUUUACUGCAACGACAGAGAGCUUUGCUAUUUCAGCAAUUAUACCACUUUCUCAUCACAGAGGAAGAAUUUAGAGUGAGACGGACAAAUGUUUCUCAUGAUCUUGGCCCAAAUGAAACAGCAAAACGUGCAACGCUGAUGAAAGAAAGAAGUAAUCGAGUGAGCUGUGCGUGUCUUCAAUCAAAAGGCAUAUUUCAUUACAGUUUGAUUGAUGUUUCAAUUUCCUGAUCUUGUUUUGAUAAAACGUAAGUAAACUAUGACUUGAAACUUGAACACGCGAUACCACGGCUACAAUUAGAAAUUAGACCCGUUCACAUCUGGAGUACGCCUCAAGUAUGCUUGAGGUAUACUUACUAAGCUUAGUAUGAACCCACCUGCAGCAUACUAAUUCAUCUUGUAUAAUUGACAUCGUGAUCACUGUUUUCUAAUGCGCUAUUGUUUGCCUUAGUAAAAAAGACGGGGACCGUUUAAAGUCCCCUAUUUCGACCUAAUUUCCCGUAAUUGUCAUCGCGAGCGGGCGGCCAUCUUGUAAAUAAACAACAGAUUUUCGUUGAAACUCGGUACGCUGUUGAAGUAAGUUAAAGACAAUGAGAAAAUGUAAUAAAAAGAGGGGGUCAGUUAGCUUUUUGCGGUUCAAUGCUAACGAAUACGGCUAUUUAGGCUCCUUUAGCAAUCAUGAUCAAUCAUGAUCAGCCGUGUGCACUCAUACCGUUACCGUUAUACACAGUUUUUUUUGGUCGCGUGACAUGUCACAUGACCAUAAUCAAACGCUAAGGCACAAGCUAAGAAGACCUCAAGAUUUACUUGUGGAGAAAAAUUUAUCUUGCUCUACGUUUCUUGGUGAGAGAUAUUCUCAAUGCUCCGACCACACCUUUGACCCAAGCCUUAAACCCCCUGAGUCGAGGGAUAGCUAGCCCGCAACAAACCAAGAUGACCUGCAUUGCAAUAAGGCUGCUUUUUGUUUUAUCAUCGUCUUGACAGAUUAUUCUAUUUGUGGGAACAACGGCUAAAUAUGCCACAAACAAUCCACAUGUACGCUUCUUUAACGACAGCAAGACCUUUUCCGUGCAUCAUCCACCCACUUCAGGAAAGCAGAACACGCCGUUGAGUGCAAGAAAGCAACUUGCCAUUCUUUUAACCAUCCAGUCAUCGUAUUGCGAUGAAAUGCUUAGUGACGUGGAGCUAAUGAAGGAAACUAAUGAUGCCGAUCUCGUUGUCGGCGAACUGUGGUAUCUCUGCUCAGCGUUAGUAGCGGACAAAUUAUCAGUACCUCAUGUUUUAAUAUCUGCAUCCACUUUGUCCACACCAUCUUCGUUUGCAGUUGGUAUACCCGCUCCGCUUGCCUAUAUACCUCAAAUAAGCAACAAUGAUAAUAGAAUGUCGAAUAUCAUUGACAGAGCCAGGAAUGUACUACAAUGGAUAUCACUGUAUUGGUAUUACUUGCAAGACUUUUGCCCACUUUAUGGCAAUAUUAAAGCAAAAUACAACAUCACACCCAACAAAAGCAUCCAGGAAACACUUGGAAGAGCUGAUCUGAUUAUCGGUCAGAUGCCGUUUGGAUUAGAGCAUCCGAGGCCUGUCCAUCCAAGUAAGUAGUUUUUUUUCUCAUUUCUUUUCACUUUCUCUGUACACCACAGUUUAAGAAUCGCAAUUUAGUUAUUAGUCUAGGACCUAAUCAAGUUUUGUGCCUUCUUCAACAAAACAUGUGUCAUUUAUGAAUGUCGCUUAGAAUUCCCUGCAAGUAGAGCUGCGAAAUCUGAGUAGAGAGCACGAAACGUGAAAGCAAAGAACGAAACUUGCAAGGCGAAGCACCAGAUAGAGAGCGCAAAGUUCGACCUUCCGCGGCUAGGAUCGUCUUUGACUUUGAGAAUGUUUAAAUGGCGCCCAUUUGAUUGAUUUGAGCCAAUUUUUGCCGUUAAUUAAAACAGGUUGUGUCACGGAGGUCCUUGGAAACUUUAUUUAUGCAUGUUCAACACCAUCACGGUGGUGGUACAGGUCUGUGGACAGGGACUAAGCUGAGCUGAUAAUUUUCACUGGCCCUGGAUUUCUGGGAGUCCAAUUGUUUUCCACAACAUUGCAGUCCCGUUGUUCGAUCUCUUGGUGAUUAUAAUAACAUAUCUUUUUCUUUAACAUGUUCUUUGCUGUUUCAUUAUAGACACUCGGGUUGUUGGUCCAUUCCUUCCCAGUCCAGCUAAGCCUCUACCAAAAGAGCUGGAGGAAUUCAUAGGAAAAGAUGGUGACCAAGAUGUUAUCUUAGUUUCAUUUGGUAGCAUUUUGGGAGACAUUGCAGGAUUAAAUGAAUCACUCUUACAAAAAAUGGCUGACGCUUUCUCUAAGCUUCCACAAAAAGUUAUCUGGAAAAUGAAGUUAGAAGGUAUGUUCAUUGAACCGAGGAAUAUCCUCAUUCAGGAAAGGAAGAGUAAUUACAGUGAUCAGACGAUUAACUAGCCUUGUUAGAUCAGAGACCUUCUAUUUUCUCUUUUUAGAAAAAAGAUUAGCGGGCGGGAUUAGCGGGAUUAGAGGGCGGGUGUUGUAGAUUUUUGACGGCGAAGUCGAGUGAAGGUUAAGAGCAAAUACCCCGUAGCUUUUGCUCGGCGGCUCCGCCUCCAAGAACGUAUCUAGGACAUAAUAAUUCCACCAACUACGUACGCUAUCUAGAGCUCGUCGAGCGCAUGUAUGAAAAUAAAAUCCGCGAGGGAAUUGUUAAACGCUAGCGAAAGGGGGUGGGGUGGGCAACGCGCCCCCCAUCUUGCCUUGCGUACAGCGAUUUUAGAAAGAAAGCUCCAUUAGCAAAGGUAAAUCAAAUGCUACUCACAUGUGACAGCUGCAGAAGCGUAACAUCUGAUCACUUUUAAAUUUCCCAGUAACUGUACGCAUUUUUUUCUCAGCAGGCAAGCUACAGGUGUCAGUGAGUGACAAUAUCAAACUGAUGUCAUGGUUACCACAGAAUGACAUUCUCGGUCAUCCUAAGACUCGUCUAUUUAUAGGCCACGCAGGACUGAAUGGUAUCCUUGAAUCAACCUACCACGGAGUGCCAAUGAUUCUUGCACCUUUUUUUGGAGAUCAAUUUUACAAUGCCAACACUAUGAAGCAGUCAGGAGUUGCGGAGGUUGUAAACUUGUGGUCCAUGUCGUCAGAAGAGUUCGUUAGUUUGAUACAAAAGGUGUUAAGCGACCCUAGGUGAGUACAUUGGGAACAACGUACAUUAUAUAGCUGAAUCCGCGAAAUGAAGUGAAACCUGCAUUCUGGUUGGCUAACCGAGCGCAUCUUGCCCGCUCGCGAUUCCGCGUUGGUCCUGCAAGUAAAUAUUCUCUUUUUCUGGCCGUAUAAUAAAUCUUUUAUUGACCAAGCGUGAAGUCAAGAUGACUUGAUAUUGGCCUCGUUCUUUUUUGCGUUUUUUUUGAUCGAGAUGGACAUAAAAACGCAUAAAAGAACGAGGCCAGUAUCCAGCCAUCCUGACCUCACGCUUGGUCAAUAAGGCAUACCAAGAGCCAUAAUAAUCGCUCCAUGGAAUGUUUACAAUAUUACAGUUUAAUCGAGUAGAAGAGGUGGCUUGGUAAACUCAAGACGAAUUUUCCCCAGAAAUCAAAUUCAACUUAUGACAAAAAAUGAAAGCAAACGUUAACGAAACCACGAGAUUUCAAUUAAACAGAACAGAGAAAACUUCAGAGAAAGCCUCACCUCGAUGAACCGGGCCUCCAUUGUCUGCACAAGUUCAGGAAGAGCUGCACAAGCUGCACAAGAAACCUUUUCCCCUAACUUGGCGAGUCGACAGGUGAAAACAAAGCUUUACUUUUCUCCACGGGCUGGAAAGCACAAUUUAAACUUCCGGCGAUUCCAUAUAACCCAUUACGCUAUUGUUUGCGAAAGGAUUUUCAAACUGCGAUUUGCAAUUGAUUUGCAAUGUUUGAAAAUUCUGUAAUGAUCAAACCUUUGCGCAUACCGAUUUCCUCGCAUGAAUGGAUCCGUCAAAACCGUCAAUCAAAUUAAACUUAAAUGGUUUCCUUACUGAUUUUGUUGAGAUCCUUUUCAAUUUCGGUGAAUAGUGGCUUUAGGAAUAUUAACCUCGCCGCGAAUAUUCAGGUUCUACUCACCUCGUGUUUAAAGGAUAAGUAAGCUUACAAAGAGAGAUGAAGUACAGAGCAGGAAAAGAUGUUUCCCACAUGGUGCCUGGUCAUGUCCUUGAGAAAAAAUACUCGAAACCUUUAUAGGCUUUUUCCUUCCUCUUUCAAAAAAAAAAAAAUACGUCCACACUGUCGCUUGUGCGGUCGUCUUUUUAGGACCGGCAGGUUUUGUGUUUAACGCUUGUCCGGGCUGCGAUGCUACUUGUCCUCUUUCCAGUUGUUCCAACCAAAACAUGAACCAAAACGAUGGUCACGCGGUCGCUUUAACUGUAUUUGUACGGUUGCUUGUAAAGGACCCGUUUGUGUACAAGUUUUAAACACUUUCUGUGGUAGGUUCUUCGUUGAAGUAGGACAUUUUAAUCAACUCAAAGUCCCUCCACUUGGAUUUUUUGACUCCGCCUCGCUUCCGGAAGUCAACCAGUUUACCGUAAACUAUUUCCGCAUGGUCCGCAUAGUUCUAAAAAUAACUUUUUUGACAUUAAGAUGUUCCAAAAGCGUGACUCGGAGACUCCCUCUGUGUCCUAUUAUGGCUCUUGUGCAUACGUAUAGUCAACAACUGUUGAACAAGCCUGCCUUGGAUGUGAGAUGGUAGAUUUGUUUUCUUGGUAUUUUCAUGUAAAUUCGUGUAUUUUGCGAGGUCUGUUCAUAGAAUCCUCACUCGUGGUAAACCCUGUGCCUCUCUUACGGUUUCCCAAAAAUUGCAUUUUCUAGCAGUUUUAGAACGACAACAACUUACUUCGGUCUCUCCGUGAAAAACGUUUCAGUUCAGGUGACUCGUACACGGCUUACUAUAUUUGUAGAGCAUGACCCAUCUAGCAUAAUUAAUGACUCAGCCAAUCAAACCUCUAGAAUUGCGAUAUUCGGUGAUUUAGCUUUUAAUAUUUAUGGAAAUUGCCACUCAGGCUGUCAUACACACAAUGAUUGCAUUGCUUUUUCUUCGUAAGUAAACCCACACCACGGUAGGCUUAGCCACAAGUUGCUCGGCAACUUUUAAAUUCUUGGCAACUUUUGAUUUUUUUAGCAUUUUUAAAAUUAUUUUUUACUUUUUCGCCACAUUUAUUAGCUUUCGAAAGAAAAGUCAGCUAAAUUCAACUGGUUUAUACUACUGUGUGAGUGUGUGAACUCCAGAAAUGGCCCUACUACCAAUGACAGCUUUGUGUUGCACGCCUGGCCAUGAGGUCAGCGGUAUCACAUGACACGUUUUUCAAGAUGGCGGAAAAAUAGACCGUGUCACGGUUUUCGAACCCAUUUUGACGAACAGGCAAAGGUGUGAGAAAUUACAGUGUUUGUAUGAGAAUCUAAUGUCGAAUAAUUUCCGUAAAACGGCUGUUCUGAAAAAAAUAUGAAUUUUAAACUAAAGCUACACAGCAAGGGAUUUUACUAACAAACUUUGGGGGCCGUUACUGUGCGUAAAUUUCUCCAGAAGCUCGUUUUAGAUUUUCCAUAUAUUUGUGUGCAAUUUUUCCCCUGGAAAUUUUUACAGAGAAAUGUAUAGAAAAUUUAAAAAAAAGGUUCUAGAUCUUCUAGCGCAUGUGACGCCCUCAAACGUUUUCAGAAGAAUCCUUAAGAGUGAAGCUUUUGUUUACAAUUCAUAUUUUUUUCAAAGCAGCCGUUUCUCACGCGUUUGCCUACUCGUCAAGAUGGCGUCGAAAACCGUGACAAGGUCAAUACUGUCAGAGAUUCAGAUUCCAGCUGGGACGAACGCGCCGAUGAAGGCCCGAUUAAUCCUAUUGAGGAAGCUAAAAGGCUGGGGACAAAUCUCGCUACCACCGAAAAAGCUAAAAUAACAGAUAUUAGAGAAAGAAAAAUCCAGACGAAUUCGGCGGAUAAAACCGCAAUAAAACCAAUUUCAAGUGCAAUCAAGUCGAAAAAAAAACAGCAACUAUUCGGCAAAUUUUUGGCAACUUUAAAAAUAAAAUAGCGACUUUUUAGCAACUUUUGGACACUUUUAUCGGCAACUUUUGGGAAUUUAUCGGCAAUUUGUGGCUAAGCCUACAUCACGGUAAAUACAGUAUAUCAAACUGAAUCAUUCAAAAAACAUUAAACAAUUCAGUUUGACGAUGUUAGAGAAGGACCCGUGAUGAGAUCUUUGCAAUCUGAUAGCGUUUUGUGAAAGUGUUUUACGACUAUCUUUCUUUUAGUUAUCACGAGAUGGCAAAAGGAAUAUCCAACUCGGUUAAGCGUCUGCCGCGCCCACCUGUAAAAGAAGCCGCUGACUGGAUGGAGUACACGCUGGCUCUGGGUGGCUUACCGUUCCUCAGACCUCGAGGACUGGACCUACCCUUUUAUCAGCUGUAUCUUCUGGAUAUUUUGUUGGUGGCAUUUAUUAUCUUGUUAUUAACAGUGCUUGCUGUCAUGUUCUCGUUAAAAGCAGUUAUUAAUCAUUUUUUGGCACCAGUCACAAAAGAGAAGUCAAGUUAA